CAACCCUGUUGGGACGGGAUGCGGACACCUUUGCGAAUAGCUGCUGCGGGUGGAAAAGCCUAAGCGCGGCUCCUCAGGGGCUGAUUCGAACACCAUUGAAUCCUGUGCGUGUUUACUCAGAAGCAAGUUCUCGUUGAGUUCAAUGAAAUUUACUCCCGGAGGAAAAUCAAAUGUGUAGGUGGAAAAAUGAAGAAAAGCCCAAAGAAGAAAUCCAUUCGCCCGUGCAGCAAAGCUGAUGAGUGGAUGUCUCAUUUACCAGAAUCUCUCUGGGGCAUUCCACUCUCUAACUUAGCACUUCCAGGGAGUCAUGAUGCAAUGACUUACUGCUUGGAUAAGGAAUCGAAAGUAAGCAUAAAUGAAUCCAAGUUGUUGCAGUUUAUGGACAAACAUUUCCAUUCCAUAGUGCACCCUAUCAUUUUGAAUUGGUCUAUAACACAGGUGCUGACAGUGUUGGAACAACUGGAUGCUGGAAUUAGGUAUUUUGAUUUUAGGAUUGCUCACAAGCCUGAUGAUCCUUCAAUGGACUUGUACUUUGUUCAUAUGCUGUAUACAACCAUCACUGUAGAGCCUGUCCUAUGGGAUAUUUUACGAUGGUUGAAAAACCAUCCCUGGGAGGUUGUCAUUCUAGCAUUCAGAAAUUUUGAUGGAUUGGAUGAAGAGAAUCACUGUCAUUUGGUGUCCUGCAUAAAGAAGAUAUUUGAUUCUAGACUGUGUCCUAGAAAUGUUGUUCCGACUCUACAGAACAUGUGGUCCUGUGACUAUCAAGUUAUUGUGUCGUAUGAAGAUAUUGCACAAGUAACAAAGCAUUCUGAGUUGUGGCCUGCAGUUCCAUACUGGUGGGGAAAUAAGACUACAGCACAACAGCUCAUCCAGUAUUUGGAGCGGAGGAAACAGAGUGGACGCCCAGCGGGAUUAUUUGUUGCAGGAAUCAACCUUACUGCAGAGUUGGGAUAUAUUCUGGCACAUCUACGUGGAUCUCUUAGGCAAAUGACCUUUAAUGCUCUUCCAUUCCUAAAUCUCUGGAUAAAGAAACAGCAUCCUGGAUCAAAGAAAGACUGUCUUAACAUUAUUGCUGGUGACUUCAUAGAAAAAAAUGACUUUGUGCAGAACGUGAUAAGGCUUAACAAAGAUCUUUUAAAAUAGCUUUGCCACUUCACUGUUUUCUUCUGCUCAGUUUGGAAAGAGCAUGCUGGUUGUAGCUAACUAAAGUGAGAGACACAUGAUAUAAAUAACCCAACUACCUCACAAGAAUGUUGCAAAGACCUUAUGUGCAGCUGACUAAGGAUAUGUUUAAGAACCUUGAAUUUCUCUGGAGACCUUUGUUGAAAGGCCCAGUUUUUCUGGGAAGCACUUAAGGGCAAUGUUCAAAAUAACCAAGAAUCUUAGCCAUCUUCUGUCAUAUUUUCAUAUUCCCAGGCCCUGUUCCAAAAUGUCUGGUGUAUGCUGAUGUGUCUGAUUUGAUCAUAUGCACAUGCCAAAUAUUGGUUGACAACAAUCACCUCUUUGGAGGGAAGGCAAAGCCUGGAUUCAUCUUCUGAUAGUCCCAACUAUCUCUCUGGAGAUGUGUGAGGUUCCAAUCCACCAAGAGGAACUAUUACUGUGAAACCUUAAGCAUUUGAUAUGACCAUCCAGUGACAGAAAGAGUCAUGACCCAUAAGGGCAAACCCCCACAACAAUCCUGGAACUGCCACCUAUAGGCUUGAAAUAUUUUCCAGCCUUUAAUAUGUAACUGCAAAUGUGUUUCAGUAGCUUUAAUAAGUUAUAACUUAUUACUAAUUUUCCUUUGAUACUGCUCUAUGCCAGAAAUUGAACCAAGUGAAAAAAGUUAUUUCAGAAUAAGUGGAUGAAGUUCUAGGCUAAUUGGUAGUUACAAAUCAAGAUGUAUAUUGUUUUAUGCUGGUUGAUUUUAUCUGUAUGCCACCCUAAGAUCCC